AUGUAUUUUGUUACGGAUGUCGCUCAUCAUGGCGAUUUGUUGGUGGCACUCAGUCGUCUUGGAUCGUUUGACGUUCCAGUAGCACAGUUCUAUGCGGCGGAGAUUGUCGUCGCUUUAGAAUUCGUUCACAGGUACGGUGUCGUUCAUCGCGAUGUGAAACCAGAAAAUGUCCUCAUCCGGAAGAGCGGCCAUAUCAUGCUUACGGAUUUUGGUAGCGCCCAAAUUUAUGACCAGAACUUGUUCGUACACUAUGAAGAAGAGGAUGACCCUCCCUCACAAGUACGUCAACUAUGGCGGGAUCAACGGUAUAUCGAAGCUGCUGCGUCAGGCAGUAUGAGUUCAUCCACAGAGUCUGAUGAGCAAAUGGGUGGUGAAUGUGACUAUUGGGCGCUCGGUGCUACAGUCUUUCAAAUGAUCUCAGGACAAGCUCCAUUUCGGGCUGUGAAUGACUUUCAUCUGAUGAAUAAGAUUCAGAAGCUUGACUUUUCAUUCCCUGCAGGAUUUCCUGAUGUUCCCAAAGACUUCGUCUCGAAGCUACUGGUAUUGGAUCCAAUGGUUCGACUUGGGUCACGAGAUUUAGCAGCCCUCAAAUCCCACGAAUUCUUCAAUGGAGUCGACUGGGAGAAUAUCGUGAACGCGACGCCGCCAGACAUAUUACCAGCAGUUUCGCCAGGGCUAGAAGAGGCCGAGCUAAAAUCUAUUGAUAACAUGCCUGAGCCUGGUCUUGACGAAAAAGCCCUCACUCGAUUGAUGAAUUUGUCUUUGAUGGAAAUGGGCCCGUGCAAGCAGCUAUCCCUCGACAGCGAAAUCUUGAACAAUGCUGUAGAUAUUCCAAGCAAGCAGCUAUCCCUCGACAGCGAAAUCUUGAACAAUGCUGUAGAUAUUCCAAGUGACAUGAUAGAACUUCCUAAAGUUGACAAGAGAGCUCUGACAGCGAGGCAGCGGAAGCUGGAGAAACAACGAAAAGAGAACCCCUAUCAUCUAUUUGUACAGGACAAUUUGAUCAUUCGUUCCGGCUUUAUUGACAAGAAGAAGGGUCUAUUCUCCAGGAGGCGGAUGUUUCUUCUUACCGAGGUUUUACCUUUCUUUGCUGUUGCUCUUCAGGGCCCAAAAACAGAUAUUUGCGCUGAAAUUUGCCCAAAUGUAGAUAUUUGGGCUGGAAAUUUCUCAAUUUUUAGUCUUUUGAAGUAG